UUGGUGAGAUUCUUCGAGAGCUUUAAGUUGUUGGGAGUGUUACCUGGCCGGUUGAUAGUGAGCUGAUAAGUUGAAGAAGAACGGCGUACCGUGUAUCAGACGGUGGUGUUCGUCAAGCUCCAGCUAACGUGCGAUGUACUUCGGUAUGGCACCUGAAUGAUAAGGAAAAGUUUUUCUGUCGAGUCUGAAUUGCUUGCCGUCGCCACGGCUUGUGUACGAAGAAUUCUUACGUGGAAGCUUGGGCAAAGUUGUUUUGUGGAGUGUUGGAAAAGUUUUCUGUGAUCUUGAAAAUUUAGGGGGGAAAACCAUGAACCGUUCGCGAGGUAAAAGUCAGCGGAAAGCUUCGAAAGUGAGCGGAAAGGAAGCACCGCGUCCAAGUGAUCAAACUAGUGAGAAGAAGUCCCAGCGUAAUGGGAAAAGUGGUGGAAAGUUUAAGGACGUCACGGCCAAAGUCGAUACCGGGCGGGGUAGUGAACCACCGAAGGUGGUUGAAACCAGGAAGAUUGAAGAACCUGUGCCGGAACCGCCGGUGAAGAUGGAACGCGCCAAUAGUUUCUUUCUGACUCGGAAGAUUUCCAAAAUCUACAACAAGCUUAGCGGAAGUCGUGAGAGUUUGUCUGGGGAAGAACCGGCUAAGCCGUACCAGUUCACGAGAAGUUUGAGUCUGUCAUCGAUCCAACUGAAGAAGAGCUACCGAAGAAGCCAGAACGAGUCCAACCUGGCGAAGCUACACGAAGAUGCUAUCCUGGAACACGGUGAAGGUAGUGAAGAAAUCGCCGCUGCUCCAGCAAACCGACAAUCCGUCCCAGCAAAAAUUGAUCCUCCAAAGCUGGAACGCUCCAACAGUAUCCUAGCCUCGUUCCGUCGCAAGAUCAGCUUCCGCUCGGACAAGAAGCUAAAACCUCCCGCAAAGUGGAACACCUCCCUUCAAAACCUCCGCCAGGAGGACUUCAUGGUCAGCUACGACGAUCUCAGCUUCGUCGACUACGACCAGUUCAACCAGUACGAAGCCAGCCUGGAACGUCGCCUUAGCUCCAGUCAGUUCGACCUGGCCCCAAAACGACCCGUAGAUCAACCCCUAGAAACCACCAACGCUCCAGUUAUCAAACGGCGCCAAAAAACCGAUCAAGACCUCCGUCGAAAGACCCUCGUUCGGCGUAGCUUCGAGUUCGAAAACAACCUGGACCAGGACAAGAACCUGUACCGGAACAGUUUGGAUGGCGAAAAGCUGCGACAGUUGAGCAAGCUGAACCGUAAAUCGUUUCGCUGGAGUGCGCACAUCGAGCGGGACGUCGAUGCGCUCUACCUGGACAGUUUGGAUCAGCUGACGGUGGAUUCACCGGAUGGUGGCGGACUGGGCCAUGCCAAGUCGGCGGAAGGAUUGCUGAUGAGUGGUAGCGGAGGAGGGGAUGUGUGUGAUAGUGGGAUGGUGGAUGGGGAGGGGUUGCAAGGAAGAGUUAGUGGUGAAGGGUUUAGUGGGGAUAAGAGGCGCAGUGUAAGUGUGGGUUAUGUGAGCCGAAGUCAGAGCUUGAGAAGGGCAAGGUCGUGGAGUGAUGCUGUGGAGGGAAGUGCGAGGGACAGGAUUCUGGAUAAACAGGUGUAG